AUUUCGAUACUUUUAGGUUAUAAGCUCAAUAUAAACAAAAUGUUUAGAAAAAUUAAGUUCUCACAAUUAUCUGCGAUAUAUACAAACUAUUCAACUAGAGUCGAAAUCGACGCAGGCCUUCGAGAAAACUUCGAUACAAAACAAUUCAAACCUCGAAAUCAUCCAGGUAGAUCCCAAUAUAAAGUUGGCGUAAUUCCUCCCGAUAUUCAAAAGGCAAUAAAACUUAUUUUACAUGAUUCAGAAGCGAAAACUUAUCACGAAGAUAGCAUUAAGUUAAACAAUUACCUACAUUCUCGCUUGUUGCCGCCAGAGGAAGACGAAAUACGAGCAAAAGCAGCUAAAAUACACAGCAGUGUUUCAAACAAAGUAUUUUCGAAAAUUGACAAAGAAUUGACGCAAGAAGAAAUCGAAACACAAAAUAGGAAAAUAAACACAACAGUCUUUAAUGUUUUAAAGAAGAAUGUGUAUCGAUGGGGCAGUAUUUCAUAUGAUAAACCAACUUGUCUACAGUAUUUAAUGACGAGAGCUGCUCCCGAGUAUGCGAUCCUGAUACGUGUAUUCGACGAGAUAAAAAGACGAUUGCCAGAUUUCAAGCCUAGAAGUUUCUUUGACUUCGGAUCCGGUAUCGGUACAGGAACAUGGGCGGUAAAUACAUUUUGGAAGGGAGACAUUUUUGAAUAUUUCACAGUCGACACUUCGACACACAUGAAUGAUUUGUCUCGGCUCAUACUUUGCCAGGGACGAGACAAUGUAGAAAUGCCAUUCAAAGCUUACUUCCAAAGACAAUUUUUGCCAGCGUCUACAGAUUUAAAAUAUGAUAUAGUUCUAUCUGCAUUCUCAUUAUUCGAAUUGCCGAACAUGAAAAGUCGUUUAGAGACGAUACAGAAAUUGUGGAACAAAACUGAAAACUUCUUAAUAAUUGUUGAGCAUGGCACUAAUGCGGGAUUCAGAGUGGUUAAUGAAGCUAGAGAAUUUGUAUUAAAUUCAGCGAAAAACAAAGGCUAUGCAUUCGCUCCCUGCCCUAACGACAAUGUCUGCCCUAGAUACUUAGAACAAAAAACCCCUUGUAAUUUUCUAAUGAAGUAUGAGUCAUUGGCUUAUGUUUCAAAGACUGAAGUUGUUGCUGAUUUAUUUUCAUAUGUAAUACUCAGGAAAGGUCCUCGACCAACCGAUGAUGCACAGUGGCCUAGAAUAGUCAGAGCUCCGAUUGUCCGAUCGGGUCACACGGUGUGCAGAUUGUGUACAUCGCAAGGUGACUUGAAGGAAAUAAUAUUUUCAAAAGGGAAAUACGAUCAAACAACGUAUAGAUGUGCGAGAUCGAGCAACUGGGGAGAUGUUUUACCUGUCAAAUAAAUAAUGUAUAGAAUU